AUGUCUUUAUCAACUAACUCUGGUGCCGCGUCCACCGCUGCAGCAACUUCAAACACCCCACAACAGCAAGAUACAUUACUUACUCAACAACAAAAGGCUUUUGAUACAUUAUCCCAAAACAAUGCAGGUAUUUCGAAUUCUGAUGCAAACUCUGACUCCCAAACAUAUCUACCAGGAGAGUCUGCCGGUGACACACCUGCUACUUCGAAUGGUAAGAGUAGCUUUCGACGCGUCAAGUCGCGUUCUGCCCGCGCUUGUGAAGUAUGCCAUGAUCGCAAAGUUCGCUGCGAUGUCAUGGUUCAUAUGCCAUGUACCAACUGCGCAGCUUUUGGUGUCAAAUGCCGGAUACCUGAAAUAAAGCGCCGUAGAACUUCCAAAAAAGGAACAAAAAAGGGAAAAGAUGAUGAAAAUAUACAAGAAGACUCUGCUGACACUCCUAGAAGCUUCAGCGAUAAUACUUCUCAGCAAACCUCAACAAUACCUGUUGCUGGAGUUACCAAUGACAAUUCUACCGGACCCGCUGCAUCAGAAGCUUCAUUUGCAGAUACUACCAUACCCACCCCUACAAUUAUUGCACCUCCUGUUGCUUCUACUGUUACCGCUUCCCCUCCAGUUCCAAUCUCAGACAUUAUUUCCUCGACUCCGGUAGUAGCUACUGCUCAAGAAAAGCAAAAUAAACACACUUUACCUUCUAACAAUGUCAUACCUCCAUCUACAGAGCCAAAAACUAAUAACGAUACUAUGGACUCGAGUAAAUCAUCAGUAACACCAGCUCCAGAAGCUGACAAAUCCGGAAAACCACAGAGAACAGAUGGAAAGUUUAAUGAUGCACCACCUCGACCAGCAACUCUUUCAUACCUUUUACAUGCUGCCUCUCUUCAUGAUUCUGGUCGCGUUGCCUUUCUCGGAUCUUCUUCAAAUAUGAGUCUCCUAUUGGAGCCUCAAGGUUACGACACAUAUCAUUUCCCCUUACCUGAAGAAAUUUCAGGUACCUCCUCUCGUCUUAAUGAGAUGGAUAAUGAAGAAAUUGAGAUUCUUAAGUUUAGAGGUGCUUUUUUACUUCCACCAAGAGACUUGUGUGAUGAUAUUGUUGAGGCAUACUUUGAAAAGAUUCAUCCAACAAUACCAUUGGUCAAUAGAACUCAAUUCAUGCGACGCUAUAACGAUCCAUCCAAUCCACCAUCUCUUUUACUUCUACAGGCAAUUUUACUUGCAGGUUCCCGCGUAUGCCGCAAUCCUGCACUUUUGGACUCUACUGGGUCAUCAGAACUUGCAAGUUUGACAUUUUACAAGCGAGUAAAGGCCCUUUACGAUGCCAAUUAUGAAACUGACCGUAUUGCAAUAGUCCAAAGUCUUGUCUUGAUGGGCUGGUGGUGGGAGGGCCCAGAAGACGUUACUCGCAACUCGUUCUAUUGGACUCGAGUUGCACUUAGUGUCGCACAAGGUUUUGGUCUUCACCGGAGUGUUGAAAAAACAUCUAUGGCACUUGUUGAUAAACGAAUGUGGAAACGAAUAUGGUGGUCAUUAUUUCUUCGUGACAGAUCUGCUGCUGUGGCUUUGGGUCGUCCAGUUCUUAUUAAUCUAGAAGACUCCGAUGUUCCCAUGAUCACAGAAGAAGACUUUAACGAAGAUGAGCCCGGCAUGCCAUCACCUUACCCACCAAAUCGUAUCCACUCUCUCUUUUUCAUUCAUUCCGUAAAGCUUUCUGAAAUCAUGGGCUUUGUUCUUAGGCAACAUUUUUCUGUUGACGCUGAAAAUAUGCGUCGCCGCAAUAAGGUUCCCUCUGUCAGUCACUGUGAUAUGGCCAUGGUAGCCUGGAUGCAAAACCUUCCAGAAGAGCUCAAAUAUAAAGUUCGUGACAAUGCCAAUCACAACUUUUUUAAGGCGUUGCUUCAUGCUCAAUAUUACACUAUUUUAUGCCUAGUGCAUCGCUCCAACAUUUUACACGAAAAUAGUGCACAUUCACCAUAUCCUUCAUGGGGUAUUGCAUUCCAGGCGGCUCAUAUGAUUGCCAAAAUCAUGGAAAACAUGCUCGACUAUGAUGAGCCUCGUGAUUGCCCUGCAUUCUACGUCUACACAUUAUUUUCUGCAAUGAUUAUGCUCAUUUACCAAACGGAAUCUCCAAUUCCUGCAGUUGUGGAGUCUGCUCGAAAAGCAUUGGCCAUUUGUUUCCGUGCUCUUAAGGAGCUGGGUCGCACAUGGCUGGUUGGUAGAAUGGUGUUAAAACUGUUUCACCAGCUUAACGAAAACAAAAGUUUGCGCGAUCAUUUUGUUCGAUCUGCCCGUGGUGCUUCUGGCUCUUCAGGGCAGCGUUCAUCUCGAAAACGUGACGCUGCUCGUCAAACAACUAAAAAUUCUACUGCCACUCCUAUUACCACACCUGCUACUGCUGCUCAAUCUUCUGUUCAUGUACCCCCAACAGCUGCUACAUCUUCUACUGCAACUGCAACUACAACUGCUACUGCUCCUGCUCUUGCCGUACCUCAACAGCCACCUACGGCUACCAACUCAGCCGCUCCUACAUCUCGCGGAAAACGCAAAUUAGAAACUCAAGGACCAAACGCCACCUAUCCAUCAAAAGCUUCAAAGUCAAAAUCAAGCCUUGCUGCACCAAUUAACUCUGUGGACCAAGGAGUUGCAGAUCUCAAUUCUCAACCAGGAUCUAACACUACAUGGACGUCGUUUGAUGGGAACUCUGGCUCAAAAUCCUCUCCAGCAGCUGCUGGAGCUAAUCACGUCUCAACACCCCCGGUUGGCGCUGCAGCUCCAAUGAAGGCAGUGUCUCAGUCUUCUAAUAAUGCCCACCGGAAACCUUAUAAUCUUCUUUCUGGAGAACAUCAGCCUGCCUCACCUGAUUUUGCCUUUGUAACCAAUACACCACCACAAGCUGCGACAUUUUACGAAAAUUUUCAACCGUCACAAUUAUUCCCGGAGCCACAAGAUUCGUCUGAUGGUGGCGCCUCCGUUGCAGGGCCUGGAGGGACUGCUGUAGAAACAAUGGCAUUGGGUGCAACAUCUAAUAUAAACGUUAGUGGUAGUGGACCCGGCACCAUCGAUUCUACUGCUGGACCUGGGGUUAAAUCAAUUGAUAACGACAUGUUACUUGGUAACUCUGGCUCGCUUUCUGGGUUUGUAUACGACCAAGCAGGACUUACUAAUAAUUUGCCACCUAAUGUUGGAACAAGUGUGUCGCCAAGUGACUAUAACUCCAGUGAUUACAACAAGUCUUCGCCCAGAGAUGAUUUGGGACUUAACGGACUUGCUGGGCUUGCUGGCUUGAGCGGUUUUGGUGGUUCUUUUUCACAAGGUCAUAAUGGCCGAAACCCUGGCAAUGGGAGUAACGGCUCUGGAGGAAAUGGGUUUUGGAAUGGCAGCGGGCCUUCGUUUGGUGCUGGAAUUGGGGGAGGUGGCUCCAAUGGAGGUAGUACCGGUGGGUUUGGUGCGCCGAGCUCGCUCAACCUUGGUGACUGGUACACAUACCUGGUUUCCACUUUUCCCGGAGUUGAAGACGUUGAAGGAGGGACUCCUGCGACCUUUAACAAUACUACUCAUUCAACAACAGCUCCAUCGAGUACCACGGUACCUGAUUCUGGGGUUUUACUAAAAGCUGAGACGGGUUCUGAUGAAAAUGAAUCCAAAAAAAUUGAUUAA